AUGGCCGAGGAACCCUCCAAAUUGGCGUCACGUCAAGACCUGUUGGUCCAAGAGCACUUUACCGCCGAAAAGUUCGACCAUUUCCUCCCGGGUGCGCCACACGAGGGUGACUUCCAUGCAGAAGCGCUGAAGCCGAAGUCUCGACUAGGUGCCUUCCUCCACGACAUGUAUUCCUAUAGAGGCAAGGGAAUAGAAUAUAAGGCCGAUCAUCUAAUCACUCUUACACUCUUGCUGGUUGAGUCUCGGAAGGCGACCAAAGCGGAGAUGUUCCAACGUGCUACCGAACUGCUCAACUUUCAGCGAGGUCAUUUUCGUACCCAAGAAGCAAUGGAGGCUUACCCCAAAAAGCUGAUCGCUGUGAUGGAAGCUUACAUGCUUGAAGAGAAUUCCCGAUACGAAGUCAAGUUCCCGCCCGAGAGCCAUAAUCAGCUCCGACCAGAGCCAAGCAUUUCAGCCAACAAGGAGGACAAUACCCUCUGGUCAGCCUGGGCAAGUGGAGUUGGCGCUGAGAUGACCGAGGAGGAGAAAGAUCCGGAGGGCGAGGUGCGCUACGACUACGAUUACGGCAAACACUGGGAUAAUUGGGCUGAACAAGCCAGCAACGAAAUGAACAAACACCAAUGUGCAGGAACUGGACCGGAGCAGAUCGUCUACACACUACCCCCGGGCAUGGAAAACGACAUCUUCGCCGAAUUCUACGACACACAGAUCAUGCACCCCAACGCGAACUUGAACACAGGACCUUAUCAACAUAUCGCACGCGAUUACUUCAGCGCGCUCCCGGCGGAGAUCAAGAGAAAAAUCGCCCGACUGGUGCUAUUGUUUCCCACCAAAGUCAGGAUCCAAGCUACUAUCUUCCCUCAUGAAGGCUGGCGCCCUGACCAUUGGCUUCGGGAACUGAGCCACUCCGAAGUCAUGCACCUGACUGUAUACAGAUUCUCAUCACUUUUGAAGAUGCCGAAGCUCAUGCUUCCUUCCAACGCCAAAAACGCUCAGCCUCAUUACUACUGGACAAUGGAACCUCCUGUAACCAUGCUAGCGUUGCUAGCAGUCGACAAAGUCAUGCACGAAAUUGCGAAGCCCAUUUUCUACAGCGAAAACUACUUCGAGAUCAAGGACAACGAUUCCUACCCAGAGACCGCUAUAGAGGGACAUCUCAUAGGUGGUGAACAGCUUGCGCAUCGGUUCCUGGAGCUCAUGAGCCGUUCAGAAGCAUGCGAUGGUACCCCUCGAUACGGCCCUUGUCCUCUGAAUCUUAUGCGCAAGGUCAACGUUGACAUGGAGAUUUAUUAUCCAGAAACCGACGCACGCGGUGGACAGAAGCCAUGGCACUUCCAGCGCAUAAUCAACACUCUGAUUGCGAUGCCCUCUCUCCAGAAGCUCGUCAUCAACGUCGACAUGGUGUACAUAAACGCUCUCAGGGAGUAUAUGCAGGUCGAUGAUUCUGUUAAUCUGUUCAUACAACCAGAGGUGUGGCCAGGAUGGCGCAAGCUACCUUGGGCGGCAUCCGCAAUUCCUGUUGAGAACGGACAGGAUGAGAAGUCAGCGGCCGGACUCAAGGUCUUCAUCCCCGAAAACCGCAAGGUGCAGAAGUGGCUUCAAAACCUCAUCAACAUGCCCGAUGAGGCGCCAGCGAAGAUUGUUCACAUCGUAUCCGAGGAUUGGUCUACCGAGGAGUGUCCUUCUGGGCUGAUUACUCAGGGCUUGCAGAAAGCUGAACAGCGCUGGAGGAAGGCCUGCAAGGACGAAAAGGUCAUGGAAGGAGAAGACGAGAGCACUGAGCAUGGAACCGACGGUACUGAAGAAGCUGAGGCUGUGAUCAGCGUGGCAUAG